CUUUAAUUGCUUGCGGCUCACAAUGUAAACAAAAACAAACGCGAUGGUAACCAAUUUUAAUGUGGGUCUCUUAGGACAUGUUGACAGCGGGAAGACAACAUUGGCGCGUGCUCUUAGCAGCAUAACCAGCACUGCAGCAUUUGAUAAGAAUCCACAAUCGGUGGAGCGUGGAAUUACGCUAGAUCUUGGCUUUAGCGCACAUGUUUUGGGUGAAGCGGAUGAAAAGCUGAAUUUUACAUUUGUGGAUUGCCCUGGCCAUGCGAGUCUUAUACGCACUGUUAUUGGAGGUGCUCAAAUUAUUGAUUUAAUGCUGUUGGUAGUGGAUGCCCAGAAAGGCAUGCAGACACAGACAGCAGAAUGUUUGGUGAUUGGCGAACUGCUUUGCAAGAAGCUGCUAAUUGUCAUAAACAAAAUUGAUGCGUUGCCCGUAGCAGAGCGUGAAGCGAAGCUAGAGAAGCUACGCAGUCGCUUGAAGAAGACUUUGGCGAGCACAAGAUUUGGGGAGCAGGUGACAAUUUACUGUGUCUCCGCUUUAGAGCACACAAACAUCGAAGAGCUACGUGCUGGACUACGCGAAACAUACUAUGUGCCUGAGAGAUUAGUGAAUGCGCCACUGCUAAUUCAAGUGGAUCAUUGUUUUGCCAUUAAAGGACAAGGCACCGUUUGCACAGGCACUGUUCUCCAAGGCAGCGUUUCUGUCAAUGACAAUGUUGAACUGCCAUUGUUGGGUGAACGGCGUAAAGUAAAGUCCAUACAAAUGUUUAAGCAGCCUGUAGAACGUGCUUGCGCUGGAGAUCGCAUCGGUCUCUGCGUAACUCAGUUCAAUGCAAAGCUAAUGGAACGUGGCAUAAUUGCUCAGCCAGAUUAUUUGAAGCCUGUUUACGCAGUCAUCGUGCAACUCCAACCCAUACGCUACUACAAACAAGCUAUUAAAAGCAGAAGUAAAUUGCACAUCAGUGUGGGACACGAUACAGUCAUGGCCAGCAUUAUACUCUUUCGUGAUGUAACUGCUUCUACAACAUUUGAUUGCCUUAAGGAAUAUGAAUUUGUGGAAGACUACUCAGCAGCCGAGCCCAUCACGGGUUCUAUAUACGCUCUGCUCCAAUUCGAAACUCCUGUGUUGACCACAUUGGGUACUACAUUGAUUGCCUCCAAGCUGGACAUGGACUCGCACAGCAGUAGUUGCCGCUUGGCGUUUUGGGGACAUAUUGAAUGGCAGACCCAAACCGUAGACUACGACACUAAAGUUCUACCGAAACUGCGGAUUUUCAAACACAAGCAAAAGCAGGGAAAUGUACAACGAGUAGUUAACGAAAGAGAAAUAAUUGUGCAGAAUCUCUUUAAGAAGGACGCCAACCGUGAUAUGUACGUGGGUAAGCGGGUGCAGCUGUCCACAGGUGAGUCAGGAUGCAUAGAACGCACCUUUGGGCAGACAUCCAAGGUAAGCAUUGUAUUUGCUGAUGGCUUGAACAAGUCAACGCAGGAACAGCUUAAAUCAGAUCGCGCCAAGGAGGUAAUUGUGCUAUUGCAAUGCAAAAAAUAUGUUUUUAAUAAACAGGCUGGUUUGUUUCAAUGA